AUGUUACGAAACAACUUGAUACGGGCGCUUUCUGCACUUAACUUUGCAUUUGGUGCCAUCGCUACGAAUAGUUCAUGCAAGUGUGCCGCUUCGGACGGCAUUUUGCAACAGGCACCAAAUGACGCUUGCUGGCCAUCUACAAGUGACUGGCAGCAGUUCAACGCUACUCUCUCGGGGAAGCUCAUAGCGACCAAACCGGUCGCCAUCUCUUGUUACCCAGGUCCUAAUUAUGACGCAACGUUGUGCGCCAGUGUCAUGGUGGACUGGUACAAGGGAGAAUGGAUGUCAUCGCACCCGGUCGGCCUGGACUACCCCCUGAACAUCACAUGCCCUCCCGUUCAACCUACAACGAACUCGACCGCCGGAGGAGGCUCUUGUACCCUCGGCACGAACCCUGUAUACGCCGUGAACGUGACAGAGACCGACGACAUCGUCGCAGCUCUCAAGUUCGCAGAGGAGAAGAACCUGAGAGUCGUGAUCAAGAGCACCGGGCACGACGUACUCGGCCGCAGCGACGGCUUCGGCGGCUUAGAAAUUUGGCUUCGUUACUUCCGCAACGGCAUCACCCCGCAAACCACUUUCCACGCCAUGAAGCUUGCCGGCGCGUACAUGUGGGGAGAGAGCUACGCGGCCGCAAAGGAAAACAACGUCGUCGUCGUGGGUGGAGGAAGCUCGACCGUCUGCAGCACGGGAGGGUGGAUGCAGGGCGGCGGCCAUGGCCCGGCCAGCCAUACUUUCGGUCUCGGCGCUGACCAGGUGCUUGAGGCUGAGCUCAUCCUUGCCAACGGCACUGCUGUCACGGUCAACGCUUGCCAGCACCAGGACCUUUACUAUGCCAUCCGUGGCGGAGGUCCCAGCUCCUACGGUGUCGUCGUGUCAACUACGGUCAAGACGUAUCCGCAGGUCACCGUGGCCGUUCAGAACCUCCAGUUCGCGGCCCCUACCGGAGCCCCCAAAACCGCUUUUCUGGAUGCGCUUGCAACUCUUUACACCUCGAUCCCGGAGUUGGUGGAGUCUGGUUUUGCCGGCUAUAGCCACUGGCAGACCGACGGCCAGUCUGCUUCCUUCAACAACUACACCACGGCAUAUUCCCAUGCCGUCUACGUGUUCAACAAGACCGCCGAGGAAGCAGAAGCCGCUGGCAAGAGCCUUCUCGACAAGAUUUACAAGUUCAACGACACCCUCUUUGUAAAUUCGAGCUAUGUAACUUAUGACGACUACUGGACCUUCUUCCAGGAGGUUAGCGCCGAUAACAACCCCGUCGGCCUCAUGGCCGCCUCUGGAUCUCGCCUCCUGGAUACGGACGCCGUCAGUAACUUCACAAACGUCCGUGGUCUAGUCGAGACGCUGGCCGGAAAGACGGGCGAAUACGUCACAAAUGUCAUCUCCAUCGUCUCUGGUGGCCAAGUCUGGGCCGACGCAGCUCAGGAGUACUCCGCCGUUCUCCCCGCCUGGCGUACGGCCGUCUUGCACCAGUCUGUCGCGCGUAUUCUCAGCCCCGGCGUCAGCGAUGCCCGCUUCAAGGAGGUUCACGACGACGUCACGUUCAAUAAGAUUGGCGCUAUGAAGAUCUUGGCUCUGAACAUGGGAGCGUACAUGAAUGAGGGUGAUGCUUUUGACCCGGACUGGAAGGUGGAUUACUAUGGCGCCAACUACAACAGGCUUCAGUGCAUCAAGGAGUACUACGACCCUGGUGAGCUCUUCUACUGCCCAACUUGUGUGGGAAGCGAUAAGUGGCAAGAAGACUCCGUUGGACGUCUUUGCCGCGCGUAG